AUGAAACAUUUGUUUAGAAACAAACAAAUUAAUGAAAAUUCUUUUUAUUCAUCACUUAAUAUCCAAUCACCAACACUUCAACAAACAAAAGGAUUAGAAAUUGUCUAUUUAAUGAACAUAGUUCCUUAUUUGGAAAAUAUUUCAACUUUAUUAACAUUUAUUUUUGUUAGUAGAAAAUGUUUUCAUUCUGUAAAACGAUUAAAGAUUAAUCCAUUCUACUCUUGCAAAUUAACUAAUACAAAAGAACGUAUCAAAUCAUUAAAAAAAGAGAUUCAAUAUUUUGUUGGGAUAGAAACAUUUCUUUGUGAUUCAGAAAUGAUUGAGAAAUUAACAACUGAACAAAUAGAUAAGAUAAAAAGAUUUAAUCUUUAUGGAAAAGUCAUUUAUACUGCACCAAACUUAAUCCAAAUAGCAUCAAAAAUCACUUAUUUUUCAUUUUAUGUUGAUCUUGAUGUACAAAUACCUAUUCAAAAAAUGGUUAAUUUAAAAAAAUUAUUAAUUGAUAUGAAUGGAAAUACUGAAAUGGUAUUUUUUACAGAAUAUAUCAUAGAAAUAUUUGCUCAACUUCAGUCUUUUCAAUUUUUUCAUUCAUUAGUUAUAGAAUGUAAUGGUAUUGAACUUAAGAAAAUAAUUUCAAUUCUUAAUAAAUUUGAAUGGAAUAAAAUUAGAGUUAUUAUUAAAUGUUUUGAUCUUAGAGAAGAACAUAUUACUUGGUUAAAUGAAUUAAAAAUUAAUAAUCGUAUUAUUUCUUGUUAUUCAAAUGAAUUAAAAAGUUCAUUUGUUAAAUUACUUGUUCUUCCUUUAUAUGAUGCUUCUAAUACUUUAACAAUUUCUAAUGAUGUUCUUCAAUAUCGUAAUUUAUUAUCUAUCCUUAAUUUGUAUUGGCUUGUACGUUUAGACUGUUUUGAAAUUUCUUCUCUUCAAUGUCCUGCUUGUCGUGUAGAUUUAUCAAUUGCAAAUUCUUUGCAAGAAUUUAAUUUAACAAAUACUCAUUACUUACAACCUUCUUGUUUCAUAUUACCUACUUCACUUAAAACAAUUACUUUCACUGAUUGUUCUAAUAUUACUCUUCCCAAUUUGGCUUCUAUUCAUUUGUCUAGUUUUUCUAUUAAAAAUUGUUCUACUGUUCAGUCUUUGUUCCUCCCUUCUACUCUCACCUUUUUGGAAAUUAGAAACACUCCACUCAAAGCUUCAUUGAAUUUAGAAUUAAUUCAAUUGAAACAAUUGUCUAUUGUCCAAUGUUCUUCAUUAGAGUCAAUUAUUGUUCCUUCGUCAAUUCAAACUAUCUGUGUUUAUUGGUGUGACUCAUUAACUACUAUUGAAAAAAUCUUUCAAACUACUGUUAAUAAAUUAGAUCUCUUUCAUUGUAUGAGAUUGAAACCCCUUGCAUUACCAAUAACAGUCUCACAACUAUAUAUUUCAUUUUGUCAAAAUAGUCUUAUCAACAAUAUAACUCAACUAACAAACUUAACAUCUCCAUUGUAUUAA